AUCUUUUCUCCCCAAAAAAUCUCUCUCCUCUCUUUCUCUCCCUCUCUCAAUCUCUCCUUUCUCUCGUUCUCUUUUCCCAGAUUUUGUAUUCUUUCUGGGCAUACACACCCUCUUCCUGAUCUAUUUCCCAGUAAUUUUUGGGAAUUCGAAGAAAAAGUUAAGUGGGUGACGUGGCAUAUAUUAUAAUCGUCCAUGAAUACAACUACUAGUACUAUUAUGGACCAGCACCGCAGAGGAUUAGCGCCUAACAAGCGAAAAGAUAGGGAGUUUCAGAAGCCGUCCAAGUUUAUCAAGCCGAGCCACCAUCGAGCCGCGGCUCCAACGGAAACCCCCAAGCCGGCUCCGAAAAAUCAGCUCUUAGCCGGGUACAUGGCUUUCGAGUUUCUAAGCAAAGGGACUCUGUUCGGGCAACCGUGGGACCAGAUCCGACCCGAAGCCAAGCCGUUGGAUGAGCCGAGCCGAGUGAGGCAGGUAGAAAGACACGAAAAAUACGUGGAAGUAUCGGGUAUUUUAAAGACGGAUGGUGGGGUCCAAAUACCCGGUGUUUUUAACCCGACCCAGUUGACCCGAGUUUUACAGCUGUAGUGAUGUGAUUUGUUGUCCACGUGGACGCUUUUGAUUGGCUGCCCUUGUUUUUCUCCAUUUUCGUUGUGAUUUUUCUCCUGUUGUAUGUAAAGAAAUUCACAAUCAAUCGGACAGAAACGAUCGAACACGAUCAAAAGUUGUUCACUUAAAAAAACGUUGUAUUGGUUUGGUAGUAUUGUCACAGUUUAGUGGUGUGUUUUUAUUUAUGCAUAUAGAUGUUGCAUGUUCUGUGA